GGAAAUGGUUCCAAUCGUUUUUUCACCAUUCAUUUGAGAGUCGGAGAUUUUAGAACUACUUCAUAUAAGGUCUGUGUUUCAUGUAGGAUUCCCCUAGCGAAACGUUUCGAUAACCGUGCAAAUCUCUCUCGGACAAGGUAACUUUUAUCAAUAUUCGCCUGUAAACGAAAUACCCAUUAGCUGCUAAUGUGGCUAUUAUACAGAACAAAACAUCUUCUUGCAAGCUUAGACAUCAUCCCUCAAUGAAUAAAUUGGAAAAAUGUAUUUAAAUUGACAAUUCUGUGAACUGUCUUGUGCAAGUUUUAAAUUGACACUUUAGUAAAGGUUUCAGCUAGCGAUGACUUGCACAAGGGUUUGCUGGGGUUUGUAGUCUUGCAUAAUGUCUACUUUGAUGCUAAUUAGCAUUUUCGAAUAUGAGAGCAAAUGGAGCCAAAUAAAUAAUGUGACCUUGUCCGAGAGAGAUUUACAUGGUUAUCAAAACAUCAUGCCAGGGUAAGCCUAUACGAAACACAGCCCUUAUUUGAAGUGUUUCUAAAAUUCCCUAUGGGAAAAUGAAUGGUGUAAAAACGAUUGGAACCAUUUCCCUGUUUGACCACUGGGUUUAAUGGGUAUUAUGACACCUCCACUGUGGGACUCUAUUUGGUACCGUCUUCCAAUGUUUUAAUGUUAAGAGCAGUGUUGUGUUCGAGACCGAUUUCAAGGCGAAGAACAGAGGUGGGGCGAGACCGAGACCAGAAAAAUGGAGCAGAUAGCGAUGUCAAGGAGGAGCCUUCAAGGAGAUCUGCACGGUUGUCAUCGAAACCAGUACCUUCAAAACCAUCACCAAAUCCAAAAAAGCCAGCUAAGAAAGAAAAAGAAGCAAACAACAAGAAGAAGGCAAAGGCAGCAGCGGUCAAGGAGCCUAAAGAGGAGACCCAGACUGAAAAUGGCGAGAUCAAGACAGAUGAAGUAGAGACUCCAGAAGAGAAGACUGAGUAGCACUGCUCCCGUCCAUCCAAUCCCCUCCCUUGUAUGGCCCCCAAGUCUCAUAUGUUAUCCCUAAAACCUCCAUUACCUUAACAGAGGAAUAUUUUUAUCAACAAUUUUGUAAUUAUUGGUACAGGGUUUUAGCUAAAAAAAAACAGCUAAAUAUGGAGGAUUGUUCUGUUGUGCAGUGGUCAUAAAGGGUUUUUAAGCAAACAUAAUUACGGUUUUGUUUUUUAUUAGUGUUGGUACCUUGUUGGGACUUUUAAAAAUAAUACUGGAUGGCAGACUAAUUGCAGGUGGUAUAGUGUCACAUUGUAGGUUCGCCAACUCAGAACAUUUCGCUUUUGUAGGUGGUUGUAUUUUUACCCUUUAUGUACAGUGGUUUUUCUUUGGGAGGGGUUUACUUAUUUUCAACUUGAUUGUAAGCAAUUUUGGAAACAUUUUAAACAUUAAAGGACAAUUUCACAAUUUUUCAACUUCAUAUUCAUAACCUCGAGGACCACCGCAACGUGAAAAUUGCUAGUUUGUUUUGUUUUUUAAAAAAUAGGAAUAUUUUCAAUGACACCAUUGGUGUGCAUGGUGUGAUUUUAACAAAUUAGUUGCCAUUAGCUACUAAUUUUGGACACUUCCUCCGUUUUUUUUUUUACCACAAAACAUAGAAAUGCCACAUUUUCAGAUAUGUUGAUGUUGUGCUGGAGAUUAAGCAGAACAUUUUUUAAAUUUCCCUAAUGUGGGCAUACCUGCUUUUGAAAUAAUCUUGCUCUGAAUUAUUUUGACACAAAUUAUUUUAACAGAAGAAGAGGCUUGUUGGAAGUUGAUUAACCUUUUUGAAACAAAUGUUGGAAUUUUAACACUGAAAAUUCAUCUAUUGAAAUAUGCAGCUGUGUUCCCACUGAAGUUCUGGAUAUUUAAUUGGAAUUUAAUAAAAUAGUAAUUGGAAUUUCUCA